AUGAGCGCCGAGGUGCCAGCCCACCUGAAGGGCAAGGACCUGGCCGGAAACUUCGGCUUCGACCCCCUCAGCCUGGGCAAGGACGAGGCCGCCCUCAAGUGGUACACCCAGGCCGAGCUGCAGAACGGCCGCUGGGCGAUGCUGGGCGUGGCGGGCAUCCUGGUGCAGGAGCUGCUGCACAAGACCGGCCUGGGCGGCAAGGCCGCGGACGUCUACUGGUUCGACGCCGGCAACAACACCUUCUGGGCGCCCAAGGAGACCCUCAUCGCCAUCAGCUUCCUGCUGUUUGCGUGGGCCGAGUGCAACCGCGCGCAGGACUACUUCAAGCCCGGCUCCAACGUGUCUGACCCCUUCGGCAACUCGAUCAAGUAUGUCGAGCUUGGCUACCCCGGCUUUGACCCCCUGUCGUUCACCAAGAACGACUAUGCCGGGUGGAAGCUCAAGGAGAUCAAGAAUGGCCGCCUCGCCAUGCUGGCCUUCCUGGGCUUUGUGGCCCAGCACAACGCGCAGCCCGGCAGCCCCCUGGACCAGUUGGCGGACCACCUGUCCAACCCGUGGAAGAACCACUUUGUCAACAACGGCGUCUCGCUCCCCUUCCUCACCGACACCACCCACAACCUGCUUGGCGGCACGUACUGA